UGAUGAUUGUGGCCACGCAAAAAUAACCAUAAUUAUUUUUGUCCAAUACCAAAUAAACGUAAAGGUUAUACCCUACACAUGUAUAAUCAGAAUUUAAGAGGCAAGUCAAUCUCAAUCCACUUUUAUGCUGAUAGGUUAGUCUAUGUAUAUAUAAUUAUUUCAAAAUAAAAUAACCUAUAGGGGGGUUUGUGCUAGGUUGUUUGUUUUUUGUUUCAGUUUUUUUUUACUAAGAAGUCAAUACUAAUUUAUCACACCUACGCUAUUCAUUCAUACCAAACUUUAAAACUGUAUCAAAUUACACUGUGAAGGUUUGGAAGAUACACGUCUCCUUGUAAUAUGCGGAGUUUUCAUAAUGAUAAGGCGUCUUGUGAGUAAAGGCAGCAAGCACACUUUCGAAUUUUCAGCCUUAUUUUUCUCCUUGUAUUCAAUAAAUUAAUAUAUUAUACAGAUAUACAUAUAUAUAUAUAUUUAUUUCAACAAUUCAAUAUUGUAUGGAAUAAAUAAUUAUGAUGAAUGUACAUAUGUGAGGGAAAUUUGUCAACUUCUACUCACCUAUGCUAUUUUCUCUAUCAAUAUUUCUUCAAACAAAUGAACACAUCAUCAUAUAAUUAUGAAGAUCAAUUUUAUUCAUCUAUCUCAAGUGUAUUUAACUUUGUUAUCGCAUAAUUUACUGCCUAUACAACUUAUAAAGGGAGACAUAUGCCUUCACUUGGUUCGAAUAUCAUGACUACUAGGGUAGUUGUUCAUUUUAUACUCAAUAUCAUUAAUAUAUAUUUCAAUAUUUUACAAAAAUUUGUAACAUAAUUAUUGUGAAAAUCAAUAUAAAACAUAAAUUGAUCAAUUAUCAUGUCUAGUGAAUUAAACAAAACGGAACAAUACUCUCAAAUUGAUCAACCAAUCAAAGAAGAUUCUAUUGAGAAUGAUUAUAAAAUCAAAUCAGAUACUACUUAUCCUUUAUUAUGUAAUACACUUAUUGAUUCUGAUUGUAAAAAAAUGAAAUUAUCCGAUGUCUGGGAAACAAGUAAUACACCUCCACUAGAAUCUACAUUAACAUUAAAUCAAGAGAUAAGUAGUGAAAUGAAUCCGAAAGAUAAGGAUAUUAUCGAAUAUGAACAGAGUGAUACUGUUCAUGAUGUUCAUCAUGAUGAUGAGAUUUACAAAGAUAAAACAAAGAAAUCAAGUUUUACUAAUGUUAAAGAUGAAUCAAACUAUCGAAUUACAGACAAUUAUGAAACUUACCAUACCAAUAUUGAAAAGGAUAUUUGUACAGAAUUCGAUAAUCCUAUGUAUAUACCAAUUAAAUUACCAUUAAGCAGUAAUUUAUACGUUCCAGUUUAUUACGUACAGUCAAGUGAAGAAGCAUUACCUAAAGCGGAUAAACAUCAUGUGGAUUAUUAUCAUAGUAAUAAUAAUAAUAAUAAUGAUAAUAUUUCUGAAUCUAAUAACAUUCAUGAUAACAAUUCAACGGUAAGUCAAAACUUUCCAUUGAAAUCUAAUAGUAGUUUAAGGGGGAAUGAUAUACCAAGCAAUCUACAAAGUGAUUAUCACAUAAAUACUAGUAAUCAAGGAUAUCAAAAUAGUAUAUCACCAUAUUACACCACAGAAGUUAGCCCAAAUCAUCAUGAUUUAGAUAAGUGUGAAUUGAAAAUAAAAUCCAAACAAACAAAAAUUCGAUUAAAACCUUCACAGAAGACUAAAUCAAAGAUGAAAAACUUUAUUCAGGUAAAGAAUAAAAAUAUAACAAUUAAAUCAAGCAAUCACAACGAUGAAGGUAUAAAAGAAGUUGAAGCAACGACAAUAGGAAAGAUAAACAACAUCGACAAAAGGAAAAGAUAUACGGGAUGUUCACCCAAGUUAAAAUUUAAGAAAACCAAAGACAACACAGAACAUGUCAAAAAAGGAAAACAAGAAAAGAAAAAAAGUAAGAAUAAUCAGAUUCAAAAAGAAGUAAUCAGUGCAAACGAAGAUAAGACGGAGAUUCAAAGCAAAAGCAAGGCUCAGAAAAACGAAAGAAAAGAAGCGAAGAAUCAACGGAAAAUACUAUGCGCAACUACCAGAAAAACACAAAAAACGAAAAACCAAAACCCUGAAGAAACUCCGACGACAAAAAUAACGGAAAAAAAACAACCAAACGCACAGAAAACACCACUGAAACCAAAAAAAACAAAUAAACAUGGAGAUGAAGCAACAAAGCAAAAGAUAGGACUGACUGGACAGGUGUCCGCUCCCGAUGUGGACGUCAGUGUUCCAUCGAAGAAGUUCACCUUCGGUUGGGGCUCGAAAGGUAAGAAGGCGAAGAAGGUGAAGGUGCCCAAAGUGUCAGGAGACGUAGACGCUGGUUUGGAUGUGAGUGGGAAGGUUGAUGUUCCCAGUGUGGACGUGGAUGUGGACGCAGGUGGACGAGGUAAAGGUAAGAAGUUCCACUGGUCUCCGAAUAUCUCGUUGCCGAAGUUCAAUGUGCACAUGCCAGAUGUGUCAGGAAAGGUGCAUGCAGACGCACCUGAUGUGAGUGUGAGUGGAACUGGUCCAUCUGUGGAAUUGCCAUCUGUGAAAGCCAGUGCUCGUUUGCCGACUGUCGACGUGUCCGUUCCAGAUGCAUCGCUUGGAGGUGAUCUCUCCGGUAAGCUUGAUUUAGACGGGACUGGUUUGAAGAUCCUUAACGGUGAUCUGAAUAUUUCUGAGGCUUUUGCCGUUGAAUGUUUUGAUGGCCGUUUUUCAGGUUUUGAUUCUGGUUCUCCUUUGGAUGUCCCUGAUUUGUUGACUGAUUUUUCUGACUCUUCUGUGGGUUAUUUUGGUGCCGGUGAUUUGUUUCCGGUGUCUCGUUGUUCUGUUGAUUAUGGUAUUGUGGCUGAUGAACCGGUUAUUGCUCCUGUUUCAGCUCGAGCUGAGUUUUCUUCUGAAGUGUUUGAUUCUCGAUUAUCUCCUCUUUACGCUUUUCAGGAUAUUAAUGAGACUUUUUCUUCUCCGCUUGAUUCUGGUUUCAAUGGUGAUGCUUCUUAUGAUGACGCUAUGUCGGCAGAUAUCGAUGAGAUCUUUAUUGUUCCUAUUCAUUAUAGUCGUGUCUUGCCGACGUUCGAUGCUUCAUCUCAGAGUGCUACUUUUGAGAAUUCUGCAGAUUUGCAAGAUUUCCCGGCUAAGUCUUCCGGCAAUAUAUCUCCUGUUAACCGGGAUACAGAUAUGAUGCACGAAGCUCUUCCUUCUUUGAAGUCACCGAAGACAUCUUUUUGGCCACUGUCUCGAAAGCAGAAGGAUUCUAAAGUUCAUCGAGCGAGGCUGGCUGAUGCUAAGAAGCAGAAAGUGCACGAUUCUAAGCCUUAUGAUAACUCAUGUCCAAUGAAUAAUACUUCAGUACCAAGAAAAAUAAGUCAUCCUGAUCACAAUCAAGGGCUGGAUUUUGACAGUAAAAACGUCGGAGGAGAAAACUCUUCAUGCCUCCUUGUGAAGCAAAAUCAUUCGAAAGAAUAUUUUGAUGACCAUCAUGGUGGAGUAGCUAUAUGUAGUUCCAACUUUAAUGAUAAUCUUACUUCUACUCCUCGACGUUCACCUAAUAAGUCCAGAGAUCCUUCGAUUAGGAAAACAUGGCACGGACCACGAGAACCUUAUUCUGAUUUAACGGAAAAUAACUAUCCUGAAGAGCACGAGUUCACUUUCACAGAAGAAAUUUCUGAUAUCCACUUAAAGCCAAUGAAAAUUACACGGAAUGAAAAUAAUAAAUCCCCCAAUGUAUCGGAUUUCCUACGUCGAAGUAUAGUUAAUACAUCAAAACGCCGCCCGUGGAGUACUUUAGAAUAUCCACCACCUGGAUGUAAAUUUGUAGACGAUGAUUAUCUAUUUCCAGAUGCUUUAACUCCUACAAAAAUUCCAAGCUUUCGUGCAAGUAAAGAAAUUGUUUAUGAUGUGCCAUAUAUGGAUGACAAAGCUCUUCCUACCUAUGAACCUGAAUGGCCUUUAGGUGAAUCAAGGCGAACAUUAAUUUCUCAAUUGUCACAAAAUAGCAAUAGUUUGAUACGGAUAACAGCUGAAGAAGAAAGCAGUCUUAUAUCCCUUGAUACUAAAUUAUCCGAUCAACAACAACAUGGAUCAAAGAGAAAAAAUCGAUUUAAAGCCAAUAAAAAGUCUACAUCAACUCAAGAUGAUUUAAAAAUUCGAUCAAAAAGUGGAAAUAAAUUUUUAACAUGGUGGUCUAAACAUGGUUCACCGCAUAAAUGAAACUGAUCAACAUGUUUUUUUUUCUCUAAAUUUCAAUAUUUAUACUAUCAACAAGUAAACAGAUACUUCCCUGAUCAAUAUUCAUUCAUUUCCCUAUCAAUCUAAUUAUCGUGAACUAUUCACUUGCUAAUUGGUUGUAUUAUUUCCCUCAAUAUAAUAAAAUAUCAGAAUUUGCAAUUCACUAGUAUAUCCCUCAUGAGUUCGUCAUCAGCUUGAAACCCAGUCAACAAAACAACCAAUUGAUUGGUCACUGUUACUGUCACCGCUUUAAUCAUCAAACCCUUGUAUAAAAAAAGUAAUUGACUAACUCUACCUUGUAUUACUCAAGAUUAUCAAACGUAUAAUGAAAAUUGGUACUGCUGAAAACAUAUAUAUGAUGCCGUACUACCCCCAACCCACCCGACUACACCCUAUCCAUCCCACCCAACCUCCUACUCCAAUUGAAAAGACUACCAUAUAAAUCCUUUGUUCUUGAAGUAUACUUACUCAAUAAUGACAAUGUAUGGGAAAAAGUGAAUAACUACUCGAACCAUCCUGAUUGUAUUGACUUUCGUUACUUUUUUUUUUAAACUAUUUUUUCUUGCUGUUGUUGUUGUUGUUUCUUUUAAUUGUGUUUAUGUUUUCUGACAGUAAAAAAACUCAACAACACAUAUUCAACAUUCAUUAUGGUCAUUGAAUAUUGAAAGAAAAAAUAAACUUUUCGCCAAAAUAAUAAGUAAUGACUAUAUAUUAUACAAAAUUUAUUUAUUAUCGUAUAUUAUACAAGGAUAAAUGUGUAUUCAUCCCUAAUACAAUAAUGUAAUCAUCAGGUUGGUUGAAAAUUUUCGUUGAAUAACAAUAUUUACAAAGCUCAUUGUUUUUCUGAUAUUAUUUUAUGAUAAUGAUAUUUGAAAGAAAAAUAUCACCGCCUUUCUGUUCUACACUUUCUUGAAAUCCUUUAUCUCAACUCUUAAGAAAAUCUCUUAUAUAAAAACAGAAAGUGAUCUCUAAGCCAAUAGAUACUUUAUAUUUCUUUCUCAUUUAACUAUGUACCAACUAAUAUAUAAUCUCACUAAUAUAUAUAUAUAUAUGCUUUCUUUGUAUAAACAGAAAAAUCAUGAAGAAAAAAAAAAGCCAAUAUGUGAGUUGUUUAAUAAACUAUGAGAGAUCAUUUAACCUAUUCAACUCAAUGUUUCAAUCUUCUCUUCUUACAAAAAAGAACACAAUUAUUAUUCACAAAAUUGCCUUGUCUUUUUAAUCUAUUCAAUUAAUAAAUAUACAAUGAAAAAAUGAAUUUGUCUGUUUGUUUGUUUUUUGGUUCCCGUUUUGUUUUGCUAAACAUCUUUUUUUGUUUUUAUACAUUUCUAUAAAAAAAAAAAUCUUUAUCUUCACAGUAUUUUUGUUAUGUUGCUAAUGCAGAAAUGUAUGUUGUGUGUGUGUGUGUGUGUAUGUGUCUACUAACCUUUGGAGUUAUUUUGAUCCCAAAUGAAAUAUUCACCCUCCCUCCCUCCCUCUUUUUUUUACGCCUAUCCUACAAUUAUGAUUAAUAGUAGUACUACUAUCAUUAUUAUUGUUUACUAAAUUAUUUUUUUUGGCUUUGACAUCGACAUAUUCUUUCUUGCUUCAUGGAAUGAAAAUAAACUCCUCGUUCUAUAUAUGGAAUCGGUGAUUUUACUUAUCAUCUCACCAGUAGACACAAUGCUGACCUCAUAUCAGCCUUCCGAUCCCUUUUUUUUUUUAAUGAAAUAAUAUCGAAUAAGCAACAUUAACUUUGACAAGUUUUUUUCUUUAUAUGCUUAUUGUAUGACCAAGAUACAAAUCUGUGCGUUUCACUUUGUGCAUGUGGAUCAAGAGGAGGAAGAAUAGCGGAAGGGGAGGUGAAGAGAGUGAGAAUUCAUAUUAUCAUUGAUGACAGUUAUGUAAACAUACCCUUGGGAGAACCUGUUUUCAACUCUUCAUAUUCCCUUUACCAAUCUGGGGUUAUAUUGUUUGAGUGCUGUCAGAUGAGAGGAUGAGUUCAAAAUGUCAGAUACAUACGCACAUAAAUCCACAUUUUGUAUAAACACUAAAGAAGAUUAUAGAGUAGUGAAAUAAUUUUAUUAUUAAUUGCUUUGUUGUAGUUUGUUUCAAUUGUUGUUGUUGAUGAUGAUGGUUCAAUUUUAUGAUAAAUAGUGAAGGUCUCUUCGAGAAGUAUUCAAAGGAAGACAAAAUUAUCCCUGCUUUAUGAUGAUUAUUGGCUGCAGUACCAUCGUAGUAAUUACAACAGAAUUAUCCUCCCUGAAUAUAUAUAUAUAUAUAUAAUACCUUAAAUGUGAACAAGACUAUCUCCUUCUCCCUUUUCUUCUUUUUAUGAUUCAAUCAGUCAAUGGAAUGAUGAUUAUUCAUUAUUACUUGUUAUUAUAAUUGUUAUUGUUUAUUUCUAUUUUCAUUUGUGAUGAGUACGAAAGACGAAAAAAAAGCAAACUAUUAUCAAACAAAUAAACUGAUCAUUCAGUGUGACUGAAAUCCCAUGUAAAUUAUUGACUGUUCAUUCACUCGCCAGUUGUCAGUAAGGAUUGAAUAUUUCACCUUGAAGUAUGCAACAAUAUAUAGAUGUACACAUUAAGUUGUAGAGUAAAGAAUGAUAUAUGAUCUACAUUACAUAACAACAACAAAAGAAAC